AUGGAUGAAGAACAGUGGGAUGAAGUGAGAAAGGGGAGCCUUAUUCCUUUGGAGCCGGUGGUGUUUUCCAGCUCUACUUCGCUGCGGUGCCAGCUGUUGCAUCAACUGCAGGACAAUAUCGCCAGUGACUCUCAACUACCUCACCAGCUAUAUAAGAAAGUGCUGCUUCUGCUGUUUAGAACGUAUCCUGUUUUUAUCGACCGUGAAUCCCGCCAUGCCGCCCAAAGUUGUGCGAAAGCCCUCUUCCCCUCGAUACCGUGUGCAGACCUCCCUGCAUUCGCUCAGCUUCUUCGAAAGGAAUCAUCGAAUGCUGCAGUAGCGCCUGCAAAUGCUUUUGUUCUGGUGGAAUGGUGUGCUACGCUGUUACAGUAUCUAAGCACACGACUCGAUGACCAUUCGCCGCUAGUCCUGGAAACAGUGUCUGGCAUCGGCAAGGCCCUGGAAACAUGUCUAGGAACUUCUACAAAGCAGAGCUUGAAGCAUUCAGCUAUAAUUGUCACUCGACGGGCAUUACGUGCGGUGUUUUCUGCAGAACCCCAUGGCAACAACCUGGUGCGUGAUGUAGUUCCUUACUUGAUUAAAGAGACUGCUUCAGGCUUUAAGAAUGCUCCUAUACUGGGAGUUAUCUGCGGUGUUUGCGCUCGCUUGCCGAAUAGGAAGAGCGAUCUGGAUGCAAUGAAGGGCGAUAUCUUCCAGUAUUACUCCAAGGAAAUCGUUGCCUCUAGGACUCCGGUUCCACGACACAUUCAUGAGGGCAUCCACGACUUAUUUAUGUCGUUUUCUACAAAGGAGGAUCUCCAGAAACAUGUCUGGCCUGCCGUGGAAAAGGCCAUUCUCAGAAGUCCUGAAAUUCUCCUUGCUGGUGUGCUCGUCUCUCUAGUCUCUUCAAUCCCUGUGGAUAUCGAUCUUUCCGAUGUUUUCUCCUCAUCUAUUUGUAAGCAAUUGCUUGCAAACAUUAAGUCAACAAAUGCAAUCAUACGAAAGGGCGCGAUUGAAGCGCUCGAAAAGUUUAUACCCAGGUGUAGUGAUGAAAGGUCACUUCUCAGGGUCGUUGACGAGGUGGUAACACCGUUAAAAACGCAAAAGAUUACGAAUGUGGAACAGCGUGCCCUUCAGGCACGAGUUCUACAAGUUAUACCAAGCUCCCCCAGUGCGUCUCAAGCUAUUCUGGCGAGGCUUUCCGCUGCCCUACUUCGUGAAAGCAGUGAGAUUGCAUUAGAGCCAGAGAUAAAAUCCUUCUGCCACCACCUCACCUUUCUUGUGUCAUCCGGGGCCGAUGUGAGUAAGGAACACUGCAAUACCGUCAUCAAGGGAUGUGAUGACAAGCGGACUGGGUUCCGUAAAACAUGGCUUGUGAAUAUAGGCGAAGUGUUCUGGAACUGUGAUAGCUCUGUUCUUCAGUCAUCUCAAACGUUCAGCAAAGAGUGCUUACAGCCAGCUUUGAUAAGAUUGCACAAGUCCUUUACCGAAACUGUUGCCAACCCGAUUCCUUCGUUACAGGGAGGCACAAUUUCGAUAGCAAAUGUCUUUACAGCGUUAUCGCUUCAAAAGUUUCGGAGCGAGGAUCGCCUGCCCUAUCCAGUUGAGGACAUAUUUCCGAUAGCCGUUUCGGCUUCACCUAAGCUAUCAUUUUUACUAAACCCAAAAAUAUAUACAAAGCUUUCGUCUGCAGAGGAUUUGGAGUGGACUCUCCGUGCGCUGUUUGCCGUGACCGUACAGCCAGGGUUUUCCGCCUCUGAUGAACAGGCCAAGGAAGCAUGGGCUCAAACAUUCAUCUAUAUGGUGUGUUCCUCAGUUUCGCCGCCAAAGAUUCGGCAGCUUGCAACCGACCUGUUGCGGCAGUGCUAUCUUAAACAAAUAGUCCUGAUUGGCACUACUGUUAUAAACUCCAUAUGGAAGUGGCUAUAUCAUCUUGAUAUUGCGGACAAGGAGGCCGCAGCUGUUCUGUCGGGAUCCGGCAAGUCGUAUCUAUCUCACGUUGUGAGAGCAAUUACACCGGCCGUGUCGGAGAUGGAGGGCCAUUGUUCUAUAAACAAGAAAGAUCUAGAGAUCCAGUGUAUUGAGCUAUUGGUCUUAUGUCGUCCCGAGUUAGUUCCGGGAACUAGUUGGAUCAACGUCUCCCUGAAAAUGGGGGUUGACCCUGGAAAGCUAGCCAUUGAAUACCCUGGCCAGUGUUUAAACCAAAUUCUACUCUCUACUAACGAUCCGAUACGCAACAACAUAGCUGAUGCUCGACAAGCAUCAUGGGAUGCCGCCGCAGAUCUUGGUUUUGUGGCACCGGAAGUAAUGAUACCAAAGCUUGUAGCGCAAUUCUGUGAUGACCUUAAACCUGAAAGAAUAUCCCAACUCUCGGCCAUAGACAUCGCUAUUGCUCGUCAUACUGGGGACACACCGUUCGUUGAUGUGUUAGACACCAAAGCUAAGAAUCUGCCCAACAAGGGCGCCAGAGAUUAUGAUACACUUAAGUGGGAGGAAGAAUUGAGGGCUGAGGUUGCUAAAAAACACGGUCAAAAGCAGAAGAAACUGACUGCUGAUGAGCAGGCUAAAAUCAAAGCUCAGCUGGAGAAGGAAUCUGAAAUUCGUGACGCGGUCAACUCCACCGAAGUCGUGAUCAAACGGGGCGCGGGAAUUAUCAAGAGCUUGGCUAACAGCCCUCCAACUCAAGCUGACGGCUGGAUUAACCCUGCCUGUAGCUCUCUGUGCAAACUGGCCCAACUUGGAGGAGGCGUUCUAGUUGGUGACAGCAUUUCUUCAGCACUAAUGGCUUGCGGUAAUAAAGUCUCGUCCCGUAUCGGAGAAAUGCGCCCUUUUGUUGCGAUUGCAACCCUUAGAGCUGUAGGUAAAACGUUCUUGAGGGGUGAACUUGAAACAGAGCCACUUGGAAGCCUAAUAACUCGGAUAUUAUAUCGUCUUCGAAUCUUGUCUGAGCAACGCCCUCUUGAUGGAGUUUCUCUCGGUUAUAUACUCCCGUUAAUCUUUAUAGUAUUGGAAAGCAACGGAAUUGAGGAGUCGAAGGAUGAUAGUGGAGAGCAGGUUCUCCUCGCUCUGGAGUUUAUCUCUUUCCACACUAACUCAUUCUCUGAUGCGCGAUUGCCUAGACUUGAGACUCUCCGCCACCUCAUCAAUUCUAUGCGAAAGCACACGGCACAUUACAAGUUAGUGAGAGAUGCGCUCUCUGACCUUUGCAGGGCCAUGGCAGCAAAUAUACAACCUGAAGAGCUCGAAAUUUUACUUCAGGGCUCAAUAUCCCGUGAAAUACCAGUGCGGACCGCUGUUCUUCAGAGCGUAUUGUCCGAAAUAGACUUGACCGAUAUUGACUUCUCUGUCUAUAUAUGGAUUGCAUAUCAUGACAGCGUAGCAGAGAACGCCGAGGUUGCUAAAGAAAUCUGGGAAGAAAAUGCACUAGACGUUGACGAACAGUCUCCCGAUUUGAUUAUCAAACACUUAGCCAAUGAUGACUUGCCACUACGGUCAGCGGCAGCUCUUGCCCUUGCCCAUGCCUGUCAGCUAUGUCCCUCCAUCUUCCCCGAUACAUUGAAGAAGUUAGAGUCCAUGUAUCGGGAACAAGUACAUUCAAAGCCUGUACAGACCGAUGCCUACGGCAUGCCCAGGAAAGCCGAACAAGCUGACGCUUGGGAAAUUCGGAGUGGAAUUGCGCUGUCCUUUGGCGCUAUGGCUAGUGGUUUUAGUGGGGACGAUAUUGUGUCCUUUUUCAGGUUCUUGAUAGAUGAUGGCCCAUUAAUUGACCGAAGCGCAUUUGUUCGAAGACAGAUGGCUGAGAGUGGAAGUUCUGUUAUUACAUUGCGUGGCCGUGAGAAGGUUGAGGAGCUGAUGAGUAUCUUUGAAACGACUCUGGAAACAUCUGAUAAGGAAACCGAGCAGUCAGAUUGGCUUAACGAAGCCGUCAUCAUUCUUUACGGAUCUCUUGCGCAGCAUCUCAUUGCAGGAGAUAAACGCAUCCAGAAAGUCACUCGCAAGCUUAUGGAUGCUUUAUCAACUCCCUCAGAAACAGUGCAGCUUGCUGUUGCCGAAUGCCUUAUCCCUCUCAUCAGGCUCGAUGGGACAGACGCUAGUCAUUUUGUACAGGAAUUGCUCAAUCAGCUCUUCACAUCCAAGAAGUACGCAGCCCGCCGUGGAGCAGCUUAUGGAUUGGCAGGUAUCGUCAGGGGCAAAGGAAUACUGGCGCUCCGUGAUUUUGGAAUCAUGUCUCGCCUAACGGAAGCAUCUGAGAAUAAAAAGGAGUCAAAUCAACGACAGGGAGCUGUCCUUGCAUAUGAGCUACUGGCAUUUGUUCUCGGCCGUGUAUUUGAGCCAUAUGUGAUACGGAUUGUGCCACAGCUACUUACGAGCUUUGGUGAUCCAAGUAUUGACGUCCGUGACGCAUGUUUAGAUGCCGCAAAAGCAUGUUUUGCAAGCUUAAGCUCCUUCGGGGUUAAGCAGAUUCUCCCAACCUUGCUGGACGGCCUUGAUGAUACCCAAUGGAGAAGUAAGAAGGGUGCUUGCGACUUGCUUGGUGCCAUGGCCUACCUUGAUCCCCAGCAACUUGCUCUCAACCUUCCGGAUAUCAUCCCGCCACUGACGGAGGUCCUGAAUGACAGUCAUAAGGAGGUUCGCAACUCCGCCAACAGAAGUUUACAGCGAUUCGGAGAUGUUAUAAGCAAUCCUGAAGUAAAGAGCUUGGUUUCAAUAUUACUAAAAGCCCUGAGUGACCCAACCAAAUACACCGAUGAGGCCCUGGAUGCUUUGAUUAAAAUUUCCUUCGUCCAUUACCUUGAUGCGCCCUCUUUAGCAUUAGUAGUGCGAAUUCUCGAGCGAGGCUUGAGUGAUCGAUCAACAACCAAGCGAAAGGCAGCCCAGAUUAUCGGAAGUUUAGCCCAUCUAACAGAACGCAAGGAUUUGAUAUCCCAUUUGCCAAUCCUAGUCGCUGGACUGAAGACUGCUGUUGUCGACCCUGUGCCAACUACUCGUGCAACUGCUUCAAAAGCCCUUGGAUCUCUCAUCGAGAAACUUGGAGAGGAUACCCUUCCGGAUCUCAUUCCCAGUCUUAUGGCAACUCUAAAGUCAGAGGCUGGAGCAGGAGACCGAAUGGGUUCGGCCCAGGCUCUUGCAGAAGUUCUCGCCGGUUUGGGUACGUCUCGUUUGGAGGACACUCUACCUUCGCUUCUGCAAAACGUCUCCAGCUCGAAACCUACUGUCAGAGAAGGAUUUAUGACUUUGUUCAUUUUCCUACCUGCAUGCUUCGGUAACAGCUUUGCUACUUACUUAAACCGAAUCAUUCCUCCUAUACUUGUUGGUCUUGCAGACGAGGUUGAAUCGAUACGAGAAACCUCACUCCGAGCUGGACGAUUGCUAGUGAAAAAUUUCUCUACAAGGUCAAUCGAUCUCCUUCUCCCUGAGCUUGAGCGUGGAUUGGCGAACGACAAUUACCGUAUCCGUCUUUCCUCUGUGGAACUCAUCGGUGACCUUCUAUUCAAUUUGACAGGUGCCACUGCAACUGAUGGCGAGGAGGAAAUCGAUUCUGCAAUCCAAGCCGGUCAAUCCCUUCUCGAAGUACUUGGUGAAGAGAGACGUAACAAAGUGCUCUCUUCUCUUUAUAUUUGUCGCUGCGAUACUUCAGGAUUGGUCAGAAGCGCUGCCAUCAAUGUCUGGAAGGCAUUGGUGGCUACACCACGUACAUUGAAGGAAUUGGUACCGACGCUCUCUCAAGUUAUUAUCCGGCGUUUGGGAAGCUCAAAUAUGGAACAAAAGAUUAUUGCUGGAAAUGCACUAGGAGAACUAAUCAAGAAGGCUGGGGAGGGAGUUCUAUCGACCUUAUUGCCAGAGCUAGAGGAAGGUCUUAUCACUUCAACCGACAUCGAUGGAAGACAGGGUAUAUGUUUGGCUGUGCGGGAACUUGUGGUAUCCUCCUCCGACGAAUCACUCGAAACAUACGAGAAGCCACUUAUAUCUAUUGUCAAAACCGCCUUGGUCGAUACUAAUGACCAAGUCCGCGAGGCUGCUGCCGAAGCUUUCGAUGCCCUUCAGCAGGCGUUGGGCAAGAGAAUUGUUGAUAAGGUUCUACCAGACCUUCUACACCUAUUGCACAAUGAAAACGAUGCCGAGCAGGCUCUUGCUGCUCUUCUUACAUUGUUGACUGAAGCUACUAGAGCCAACAUCAUAUUGCCAAACCUUAUCCCAACUCUAUUGACCAAGCCAGUUACCGGAUUUAAUGCUAAGGCGUUGGCGUCGCUCUCAAAGGUUGCUGGAGGCGGAAUGAACCGGAGACUACCCACCAUCUUGAACACCCUGAUGGAUGAGAUGAUUUCGGCAGAGGACAGCAGCCUUGAAUCAGAAAUCAGCGAGGCAUUUGACACGGUACUUGGCUCGGUGGAUGAAUUUGACGGAUUGAACGUUGCCAUGAACGUAAUGCUUACAUUGAUAAAACAUGAUGAUCACCGACGACGUUCAAGCGCAGCCAUGCACCUUGCUACAUUCUUCACCAACACAGAACUGGACAUUUCUAGAUUCUACCCAGAGCUGAUACGUGUGCUUCUGAUCUCCUUUGACGAUCGUGAUAAGGGUGUUGUCAAGGCGGCAUGGGAGGGUCUUAACCAACUAACCAAGAGUAUGAAGAAAGAAGAGAUGGAAGUCCUUGUAAAUCCAACUCGUCAGGUACUUCGACAAGUUGGCGUACCCGGAUCCAACCUCGCUGGAUUCUCUCUACCUAAAGGAAUUGGCGCUAUACUCCCUAUUUUCCUUCAAGGCUUACUGAAUGGAAAUAUUGAACAGCGCACACAGUCUGCCCUAGCAAUUGGAGAUAUCAUUGACCGAACUAGCCCUGAGUCACUUAAAGCAUUUGUGACUCAAAUUACAGGCCCUUUGAUUCGUGUGGUCUCAGAGAGAUCGGUGGAUAUCAAAUGUGCAAUUUUCCUUGCCCUUGACAAGUUGCUUGAAAAAAUUCCAUUGUUUGUCAAACCGUUCUUACCACAGCUGCAAAGAACUUUCGCCAGAGGGUUGGCAGACACGUCCAGCGAAACCCUACGGACACGUGCUGCCAAAGGGUUGAGCAUCCUAAUUACUUUAACACCACGAGUAGACCCUCUUGUCGCAGAGCUCAUCACCGGUUCCAAGACUACCGACCCUGGGGUUAAAAAUGCCAUGUUGCGCGCACUCCACGAUGUUGUCGACAAAGCCGGUGCAAACAUGAGCGAGGCAUCAAGACAAGCUGUGCUUGGUCUUGUUGACAAUGAUUCUGUUGACGAUGCUGCUACAACGAUAACGAACGCCAAACUUGCUGGAGUAUUGAUCAAAUCGCUCCCCACACCCACUGCUAUUCCUCUUAUUAAGAACCGGAUACUGUCACCGCAACUAACACAUCAGUCUAUUCUCCGGCUGAACGCCAUACUCGUUGAAUCGCCUGCCCUGCUGAGCGAAAACUUCCGCUCGGAAGUACCUGCGGCGAUUUGUCAUGCCAUUAAAAACAGCGAUGUUUUCAUAUCCGACAAUGGUGUUCUUGCAGCUGGAAAAUACCUUCUAUCCCCUCAAAUGGACCGCAAGCCCGAGGACGAAAAGGAGGUAUUUGAAGCUUUAGCAGGCAUAGUACAACCUGGUAAACCAGUUGACACUCGACGACUGGCACUGGUGGUUCUACGGACAGUUGCUAGGGAAAACCAAGACAUGAUUGCACCUUAUAGGUCUCUUGUGGUGCCACCAGUUUUCGGGGGAGUCCGUGAUACGGUAAUACCCGUUAAGCUGGCUGCGGAAGCUGCCUUCCUAGGCAUCUUCUCAGUCGUCGAGUGUGAGGGCGAAGUUUUUGAAGAGUACAUGAAGGGCCCCGGAGCAGAGCUCCCAGCUGGGCCCAAACGCAGCAUGCAGGACUACUUCAAACGUGUAGCACUCCGACUAGGAGGUCAAGCCCGUGAGAGGAGAGAAGCCGAAGGUGGCCAAGGCGGUCUAGGUCUUUCCAGCGAUGAAGUAGAGGAUGAAAAGGAAGUCUGGAGCGUGGGCAAGGUAGACCUUGGAGAAUCAUUCGGCGAUGAUUAG